AUGGCCAUGAAACCCCACCAUAUUGGUGUCCGAAAGUCGUGGUUAUCCUGGCAUUCCCAUAACUUAGAAGAAUUCAAGCAGUCACAACCGCUAAUGGUCGUGCAUGAUGAGGUGAUUCGGCGAUUUAUACGUGGAUUCUUCCCACAGAACGUGGUUAUUUCUGGCGAAGAGAUUGUUAUCAAACGCAGAGGCAAUGUGGUAACGGUAGCAGGUUUCUUGCAGUACUCUCGGCGUCUCGAUAUUCGACGAAUUUAUUGGAUGUUUCGGGUUUACGGAGCAGUUUCUGUCCAUACUCCUCAAACAACCUGUGAAACUUGA